AUAACGAAAGUAGAUUGAGGACUGAAGAAAAUAUAUAUGCCGAUUGUCCUCAUCUGUUUUCGGCUUAUUUAAUACAGAAAUUCGUGGCAUUUAAUAUAAAAGUUUAGUUCAUUUUUCCCUAUAUGAUUCAUGUGUAGAGAUCACUUGCAACACUUAUCCAUAGAUAUGAAGAAGAACGAAAUAUGAAGUUCUUAGACAAUUAUGGCAGUAGUCGUUAUCAUCUUUUAUGUGCUUUUUCUACAUGCAGUAUCAUCUUUUUUCAACAUUACCUGUCCUUAUGCACAUAAUUUGUAUUUGACUGCUUCUGUGAAAUGCCCAGCAGUUGCCAGUUACACUUGUUUAUAUGAUUCAGUAAACAAGAAUUACUCAGAAAACUGCAAAGGACCAUCAAAAAAACCACCAGGAGAAAAGUCCGUAAUCAACUUAGGUAAUUUUGAUACUGUGGAUUGUUCAGAUGAACGGUACCAAUCAAGACCAUUUUCUUCAACUCAGGGAACUAACUGUAUCCUCCAAAAAACACCAUGCAAUGAGGAAGGGCAAGUUAUAUACAGCAAUGGUAGUACAACUGCAGACAGAAAAUGUAGAUGUGACUAUACAAAGAACUAUGCAUUUGUUUCUACAAACCGUUCUGAUCCAUGUUCUUGUGAUCCAGUUCAAGAGGACUGCACCUGUCUCAUCAAAAAAUGUAACAAUGGACUGAAACUCUCGUCAGACUACAAGUGUGUACCACAAGAUGAAAGAAGUUUUACAUGUAAAGAGAUAACACAUUUCAAGAAUGAAAAUGAAUCAGAAGGAAUAGAUUUCAGUAAUUUUGAAGAAAAUGGCAAUGUGAUUAAUGGUACCGUGCUUCCAUACAGAACUAACACAGCCAUUAUUAUAAAUGGAUUUGUCUUUUUGAUAGUUUCAUGUAUGGUGCUGUUGUGUACAGUAGAGAGACUUAAUAUUUGUUUUACAAACUUUGAAAUAGUUGCUGACUUGAAAGAUGUUACAUGUUUUGAGCAUGAAGAUGUCAUAUUUACAUGUGAAGUUACCAAAGAAGCAACUGAAGUUAAAUGGUGCAAAGGGGAUCAUGCAAUUUCUUCUUUAGGAGACGAGAGAUUUAAAGAAUUGAAAGAAAACCAUAUAUACAUACUCAAAAUUGAAAAAGUGCAAAUGAUGGACAGAGGUCACUACACAAUCAAAUUUAAGGAGAAACUUUCAAAAGCAGAGCUUAAUGUUUUCAAGGAGGAUUUUACGUUCAGAAUUAAGUUGAUGUUAGAGAAAGUAGCAAAGCCUGUAGUGAAAAGUAUUUUUGAUGAUGAAUUUUCUCCUAAAGUACUACAAGCAGAACUAAAGAAGAGAUCUCUAAAAAUCAAUGAUUUGAAAACAGAUAAACAUAUUAACCUUGAUGAUUUUGAUUUAUUAUAUCCUAAAACAGUUAAAUACAAAAUCAAGUUGAUACAUCAUGAUCUUGAAUAUACCAGUGAUUUAACAGAUAAAAGUACUACAGCUUUUAAAGAAAAAGCCCAAAAAAUUGAACAAGAUGUAGCUGAUUUGUAUACAUCUGUAAAGGGACAGCAGGAAGUAAAAGUAUUAGAAUUUGGACCUGUAUUUAUGCUCAUAACCUUUGAGAUAACUACUGAAGAAAGUGAUCAAUAUGACUUAAAAUCCACACUCUCUUCUGCUAUAGAAGCAAAAAUUAUUCCACCUUUUACAGUAUGUGAGUUAAAGAACUUUGAAGCUAUUGAUGAAAGAGAAAAUUUGUAUAAGGUCAGUGUGGUUUUUACAAACAUUGAAUAUGAAAACAUCCAAGCUGAGUUAAAGAAAGUUGAAAGAGCUUUAACAGAAAAAUUGCAAACAAGUUUUCCGAGAUGCACAGUAAAAGUUUUAGACCAUAAGCCAUACAAUUCAUCUCUGGUUGUGACUUUGAUGUUGACAUCUAGAUAUUUUAACCAGUACAGGGACCUAAGUGGUAAACUUGAGAGAGCUAUUAAAUUGAAAGCCUGUCCAUUUACUGAUUCUGCUUUAAGAUCAUUUGAAUUUGUAAAAAAUAACAUUUUGAAACCUUUAUCAGAAACUUUUGACUUACGUUUGAUGAUUGUUCUAUUAAGAAAUCUAACUCGUUUGGAUAUUGCUGACAUUUUGCCUUUUGCGGACGACAAAUCUAUAGGUGCUGAUAUAUCUAGGAUUAAAUUCUUUAGGAAUACGUUUUUACAUUCAGAGAAAGUUAUUACAAAAGAACAGUUUGAAGAAAUAUGGAAUGGACUAGAGAUGCCACUAAAUAGACUGAGUGACAACAAGUAUAAACCAAUGAUGAUCAAGUUGAAAAAGAAGAAACAAAUAAGUGAAAAAGUAUCUAGAGAGUUAGAGCAGAGGUUACACCAUGAAGAAGUUACCUCAGAUGAAGAUGAGAUUGACAGUGGUGGAGAGGAAGAACAUAAACAUAGUGAUACUGAUGAGGAAGAAGAAAGAGCUAUUCAGAUUAACAGAAUGGUUAAUAAAGCUGCAAGAGUUAAAUUUGACAAGGAGUUUCCACCAGAUAGACUUCCAGCAGUAAUUAGUAGAAAGAAAACAACUUUGAUAGAUUACAAAGAAGCAAAACAAAUCACACCAACACAACUAGAAUCAUUAUUGAAUGACAAGCCAACCUCAGAGAAACUUGAACUGUCUUUGCUUAUAAGACUUAUUUGGAUAUUAAGAGAUACAGCUAGGAGAAACCCACCAAUAAGUGAGGAUGAUUACAACAAUCUUCGUAGUCUGAACAGUUUGACUGAUGACCUCAGUAAACUGUCUUACACUGAACAGGAAAUUGAGAACAUCUUUCAAAUUUUGCGCAAGCUUGAUGUUCAGGAAUUUUCUUCUUACCAUCAUCACAGAGGUGAUAACAGAAGUGCUUGUGGACCUUGAGUCAGUGCAUUUGGAUCUGUUGCAUAAGACUUGCAUGAAUGACGACACCUGGCCUUGUCAUAAACAUUUGGAGUACGAUCAUCAGACUCAGACUCAGAAUUCAACCAAUCAAAAUACUGGAUUUGUUCCUUCGAGCAUACAUUUUGUACUCUGAGUAUGAGUAUAGUUUUAUGACCAAGAGCCCUGGUUCUCAAACAGAAAAGGACAUUUUAAAAAACAUUGUCUUUCAAGUUUAAAAUAUUGAUUUUGAGAAGUGCUUUUAAUGUACCUAAUGUAUGAGAACUAUCAGAAAUGUUAAUACCCUGAAAUCUAUUGAGAUUUGUAUUCUGUGCUAUAAAAAAAAACCCAAAAGGAUGGAAAACAGCUGGUCCAAACAUCUUUGCCAUUAACAUGAUUAAGCAAAAGUUUGAUUUGUUUUAUUGUCUGUAUGAAUAACUUUUUAAUUUUUUAUCAUUUCUGUUUGAUGUUGUCAUAAAACAAAAUGUCAGAUAAGGUUUAUAUAAGACUGACUUAUUGAAAUGUUCUUUACCUUCAUUUAUCAUAUACUUAGCAUUAAUAUGAUAGCUUUUGCAUAUGUGUAAUGAACGGAAGUACACAAGCCAUAAUUUCCCACCCGGGCUGAUAACCCAUACCAGGGGCGUCUUGUGCAAAAAACCCAUAACAGUGCCUCUCGUGCAAGUUACUUCCGGUAUUUCCGGUAUCGUAUGUUUACUUUUCCAUUGUGUCAUCAGAUAUUUUUUAUUAUGACGUCAAAAUUUUACGGGAACUUUUGGGAUGUCCAGUAAUGGCGGACAAAUAGCGAUAAGGUUUAUUGGAUCCAGUGGUAAAUCUGUUUAUAUAGAACCAGCUGUUAUUGAAAAAAAGAUGUUAACAUGGCUAAAUCCGAUGAUAUAGAUUUUCAAAAUGAUGCUAGUUUACAAUUAGUACUUGCUAACAAAUGCCAUUGACAAUUAUGAAUCAUCUCAUAUAGUACAACAUGUAGUAAUAAUGAUCAUAAAACUGUAAAUACUUCCUCCAUGCUUCCAGCUUCCAAAUUUUUAAUGUUUCAAAAUGCCUCUAUAGGAAAUGGUACCAUAAUAUAUAUGGAGGUAGUGAUGCUAUUGUUGGAUAAUUAUAGUGUAUUUGUUGGAUUCAUGAUUUAACUUCUUUAAAAAGUUUUUGACUGUUUUAGUUAUUUCAUUUGUUUAUUUGCCUUACAUAAAACAAUUGUCGGAAGUAUAUGAUAAAGAGAUUAAUACAUGGCCUUUUCCAUAUCGGCCCGGGUAUCAUCCCUCGACCCAUAGCAGCACCUCGACUACGUCUCGGGCUGAUAUGGGGGUCUCGGGAUGAUACCCGGGCCGAUAUGGAAAAGGCCAUGUAUUAAUCUCUAUGUAAAAUGACAGAUUUAUAUUUUUUUAUGCCUGUUUACACUUUACAGGACGUAUUAUU